AGGAGCGGCAGUUACACAACAACAGAACGUCUUACCAAUGAAGAGUCACCGACCGAGGAGUCUGACAGGAGAGAGCACGAUGAUGAAAAGAGUGGCGACAGCGAGAAGCACAAGGACAUCACUCGCUCCGGUAAAGGAGGAACACAGAGAAUCAUUGGUAUAUGCCUGGCUGUGGCAGCAGAUCAGUUCCCUAAUCAUCCGAUGGACCCAUUACCUUACGUUUUCUCUCAUUACUUUGGAAUAUUCUUGACGGCCACAGCUAUAUUUACGGGAUACGCCGUGAUGAGACAAAACCGUCCUGUGGUUCCACCAUACAUUGUACUGCCGUCGCUCAUUGCUGGAGUACUAUGGGCAAUUGCAACGACGUCAUUCUUCGUCGCAAACCUAUACCUUCCAGCUAUUUCGUUCCCGAUUAUCACAAUGCUUCCUGGAUGUGUUGUCUCGGCUUGGAGUAUACUCUACUUCCACGAAAUCAAG